UUCAAUGAGAACGAGUGAUAUCUAGAAUUCAGGGCAACGGAAAUUAACAUAUGCCAACUAUGAAAUUAAGGGCCUAAUUUGCAUAAAUUAUGCAAAAAUGCAAUGGUCCCCCUAGUGGUAAACAAUCGGAAUUUUACACUGAGUGCCACAGGCAUGUAUCUUUACAAUCUAUAAUGUGUUAAGAUGGAAACUUGGACUUUUAUAUACAAUAUAUGUAAUAAAGAAGUACAUGUGCGUUUAAGAAGUUUAUAGAAGCAUUUCAUGUAGCUUCGAUCCUGUCUGAUAUUACUUUUCCUACCGGUAAAAAAAAUUUAAAAAAAAGGAAAUGUUACAAAACAGGUAUAAAAACACCAAGAAAGAGCCGGAUCCUCACAUCUGCUUGGAUAUCACUCGAGGCUGAUGACCUCAUGUCAUCACUAUAGCAACGACCUCCUGUGCUAACGCACAGGUCAUCGUCCGAUCGGCCAUUUUGCGAAAGCACUCACCACGCACAUGUUUCAACGAGAGGACGACUCACUCCUGAAUAUUCCAGGUAAAAACAAGUCUACAGAGCGUUACAAAUUUUAGUGUUAUUGUCAGAGGAACACAGACGCCUUUGUCAACUUGUUUCCAUCUUUAAAGACCUGCCAACAAUAUUCGAAACACGUUCGGAGCUUCACGGUCACAUAUCGCGAACUACUUCCGGUUUGUGCUUUGGCUAGCCCAACGCAAUGGAGACUGUAUCACGGUACGUACUGUUAUGUGUGGUGAUAUGCCUGGGAGUUCACGUUAUCGGUGCGGAGAGGGUUCUCAUUGUCCCGCCGGCCAUAGCGGGCAGCCACUGGUUCCCUCUAGCGUCAGUCGGCCAGGCUUUGGCGGCGAGGGGUCACGAUGUCACCGCCGUCGUCUCCCAGGACAUCGUGGCCAAACGUCGGGCGGAGAGGCCGGACUUGCGGUUUGAUUCAUUCGAUGACCAGAGAAGCUUUGCGCGGGUAGAAACCCUCACAGGCCAGAUGAGCGAGAUAUCUAACCAGUCUGUGUUCCGUAUUUUUCAACACUUUCAAGAGGCGUUCAAAUGCUGGACUCAACACUGCGAUCUCCUAUUAGGGGACGGCGAGCUCAUGGGCAGGCUGAAGCAAGCACGUUUCCAGGUUGUCGUCACCGAACCAUUCAUGUGUCCGUGCGGGGCCAUAGUCGCAGCCUACCUGGGGGUACCUCACGUCGCCCUCAUUCGCGGGGAUCCUUCGGGGCUUGACGGCCGUGCCAACGGCGUGCCCCGCCCCCCAUCCUACGUACCGUCUAUCGUCUCCCCUUUUACCGACCGGAUGACUUUUAAAGAGCGGGUACUCAACACUGUUAUGUCGUGUGCAGUGCCUAUGGUGUUCCAGUGGGUCAUAGAAGGUGCAAACAACGACCUCGUGAUUAAGUACCUCGGUGAGAAGGAGACUCUCCUGGGGGUUAUGGGGAAGACGGACGUGUGGUUGUAUCAAAUCGGCGUCUUGCUGGACCUUCCGGCACCGAGCAUGCCAAACAUGGUCAACGUCGGAGGGAUCAACGCCCGAGAGGCCAGUCCACUUUCAGAGGAUUUAGAGCUAUUCAUGCAGAGUUCCGGCUCUACCGGGGUCGUGGUCGUCAGUUUCGGGUCACAGGCCAAGACCAUAAGCCUGGAAAGGGCAGAGGUCAUGGCAGCAGCCUUCUCACGGCUCCGACAGAAGGUUGUUUGGCGGUACGUGGGAGAGAAGCCGGCCGGUCUGGGGAACAACACCAAGCUGAUGUCCUGGCUGCCUCAGAACGACCUGCUGGGUCACCCGACAACCCGAGCCUUCGUGACCCAUGCGGGUUCUAACGGUCUGUACGAGGCCCUGUACCACGGCGUGCCGGUGGUCUGUACCCCGCUAGCCGGGGACCAACCUGGUAACGCCGCCCGGGCGGUGUCCAGGGGACUGGGAGUGAUACUGGACUUCCACACGCUUUCAUCAGAAACAUUGUACCAGGGUAUAACACAGGUUCUCACUAACGAGAGCUACCGUGAGACGGCAGCCCGCCUGUCCCGUCUGCACCGUGACCAGCCCCAGUCACCCAUGGAGCGGGCCGUCUGGUGGAUAGAACACGUCAUCAAACAUGGCGGACUGCCCCAUCUCCGCGCACGCGCAGUGGAGCUGCCAUGGUACCAGUACUACCUGCUGGACGUGGCUGCGUUCCUAUUGGCUGUCUGUACAGCUGUUCUGGGAACAGUGUGGUACAGCUGUGUUUUUAUCUGUAGGAAGAUGUGCUGUAAAAGCGGCGGCAAGCUGAAAUCUCAGUAGAAAAUCCUAGUUAUUGUAGCUAACGCUAUCCUCCUCUAUAUCCGCGUGGUAUCCUAUAUCUGUUGGUUUUAAAACGCGUGUUAACGGAUAUCACGUUGACGGACAGUACCGGUGGUUUCAAAUUACAAUAUUUUCAAAGUAUACCAGUUUGAAACCACCUUCCUUCGACUUAAUAUCCUUAAAUACCCUGUUUUAAAAUACCGUAGAUAAAGGUCGUCAUUUACCAUACUACGGCCGAUGUCAUGUUGCUCAUGCUUGUUAGGUAUGCCGCUAUUAUCAGUAUAGCUGACAGAUAUAAGAAGGUAUAAGAAAAAUACUAAUUAUUUCUGGGGUGAUCGAGAAAAUGUUGAUGACUCUGGUCUUCUUUAAUUUGGCGAUGAUGCAUGCUUUUUUAGAACUUUAAAAAUUUUGCAGCGAAUACAUUGCUCCAAAAUCCACCAUGUCUACAAUUCAUCAGAAUCUACUGUUUUUAUUGCCAUUAUCCACUAUUGACAAUAGCUUAAAGGGAUUGUUAUUUUGUAGAUUUGUUUUAUAAUUACUAAGGGUUUACGUUAUGUCCGUCGGUAUAUUUCUAUCUUCUCCACAAGGUAAUGUUUUGUUUUAAAUGGGCAUUCCACUCCACACGGGAGUGUUAUUUUCCGAUAGAUAUCAAUUUUAGGAAGUGAUAACUG